AUGUCACUUGAUAAUCACGUAUUUAAUUUAAAAUUCGCCGCGAAAGAAUUACAGCGCAACGCAAAACGAUGCGAAAAGCAGGAAAAAGAAGAGAAGACAAAACUUACAAAUGCUAUAAAAAAAGGAAAUAUGGAGGUUGCGCAGGUUCAUGCAGAAAAUGCCAUCAGAAAAAAGAACGAAGCUCUUAACUACAUUCGUAUGUCAGCAAGAAUCGAUGCUGUCGCUGCUCGUGUUCAGACUGCUGCAACACAAAAACGUGUGACUCAAGGUAUGUCUGGUGUGGUGAAAGCCAUGGAAUCAGCUAUGAGAUCAAUGAAUCUCGAGAAAGUUCAAAAUUUAAUGGAUCGGUUCGAGAAAGAUUUCGAAAAUCUCGAUGUUCAAUCAGCUACCAUGGAAGGAUCAAUGAAUGCUACUACCACGUUAAAUGUACCACAGGCUCAAGUAAAUGCGCUGAUACAAGAAGCCGCAGAUAAAGCCGGAUUGGAACUGAACUUGGAAAUGCCAUCGCAAGCAACAACAACAAUUGGAGGUCGUGUUGGUACAUCAACUGCAGAAAAUGAUGAACUCACUCAACGACUUGCUGCGCUAAGACAAAAUUGA